UUGAUGUUGGUUUACGGCAUGUUCGGAGGAAUUGGUGGAGCUCUGCUCAAGACUCCUGUCGUUGCUAGCGUUGGUCAUUUCUUCGACCUAAGAAGAGCUCUGGUAACAGGAAUCGUAAAUAAGAGCGGUUCCGUCGGCGGAAUCGUCAUUCCACUCAUGCUGUAA